AUGAGCACUUCCAGAGCCAUGGACGCCACCGGAGCUGAGGAUACGGCGCCAAACACGAUGAUGGAGACCGAUCUCAAUGCAGUGGACAAUAAUAAACAAGACAGAGUGAAUAACAUGAAUUCCGUCGAACCAGUGAAGAUUGAAAUAAUAUGGAGCAUUGUAUUAUUCUUUGUUUUUGGUCAUCUAUCAGCUAUUUAUGGAUUAUACUUGAUGUUUACAUCAACUAAAUUACUCACAACAUUUUAUGGAAUAUGUUCAUGGAUAUUAUCAGGUUUAGGUGUAACAGCUGGACUUCACCGUUUGUGGUCACAUAAAUCAUACAAAGCAAAAUUGCCUUUAAGAUUUAUUUUAAUGUUGAUGAGUACCAUGGCAUUUGAGAAUCAUAUUUAUGAGUGGUGCAUGGACCACCGAAUUCAUCACAAAUAUACAGAUACAAACUCAGAUCCGCAUAAUGCUAAGAGAGGAUUUUUUUUCUCACACAUUGGGUGGCUUGUAGUUCGUAGACACCCAGAUUACUACGACAAAUGCUUAAAAAUUGAUAUGUCUGAUUUAAAAAAGGAUCCCAUAGUUAUGUAUCAAAAAAAAUUUUAUAUUCCAUUACUAUUAUUGUUUUGCUUUAUCAUUCCCACAAUAGUACCUGUUUAUUUUUGGGAUGAAACAUAUGUUAAUGCAUUUUUUACUUCAACAAUGCUGCGUUAUAUUUUCACUUUGAAUAUGACAUGGUUGGUCAACAGUGCCGCUCACAUCUGGGGUAAACGUCCAUAUGAUGAAUCCAUUAAUCCAUCUGAAAAUCUCUCUGUGUCACUUGGAGCUUUAGGCGAAGGAUGGCACAAUUACCAUCAUGUGUUCCCAUGGGAUUACAAAGCGGCUGAACUUGGAAAUUACAGAGCAAACUUGACAACUGCAUUCAUAGACUUUUUCUCACUUAUUGGUUGGGCUUAUGAUAUGAAAGUGGUCUCAAAUGAUAUGGUCUUAAAACGAGCCAAUAGGACCGGAGAUGGUUCACAUCCUGAUGGUUCACAUCCUGAUGGUGAUGGAAUCUGGGGAUGGGAUGAUUCUAACAUUUCAAUUGAAGAUCGUAAAUUAACAACUGUCAUCAAUAAAAAAGAUGAUUAA